GAAGAUCCACCUCGAACUUCUCUCCAUCUUUCUCAAUCAUAUCAUAUGUUCUCAGAUUCCGUCUCUUUCCUUUUUUCUCUUCCUCUUCAAGCCUCUUCAAGUGAAUCAAAAUAUCUAAGCUUGUUUCCUUUUAAUCUCAUUUUCCUCUGUAAUUUUUCCUGGAAAAAUUUGUCCUUUUCAGUUUUUUCUUUUUCUUUCUCCAGAUCGAAUUCGAUUUUUCUCGUCUCAGUGAAAGCAAGUUCCUUGGUUGAAUUUAUCUCUUGGGUUUUAAAAUCAACAGGUGAAAGUUCGAGACUUGCUCUCUAUCUUUGAGUAUAAUGAGAGAAGACGAUUCCGACUGGUUCGCAAGAUGGGAAGAAGAACUUCCAUCUCCGGAGGAGCUCAUGCCGUUAUCUCAGUCUCUGAUUUCUCCCGAUCUCGCUCUCGCCUUCGAUAUCCGAAGCCCCGUUCACGGAAACGGAAACUCCGGUCAACCCCAUCACCACCACCAAUCCACGCCUCCAACUCCGUCGCAGCUCCAGCUUCCGUCUUCACAAGCCAAUUCCUCCGCCGAAUUCGCAGCCGAUUCUGCAGAUCUAGGCUCCGGAGCCGCCGGAGACGAACCGGCACGGACCCUCAAGCGUCCUCGACUCGUCUGGACGCCGCAGCUUCACAAACGCUUCGUCGACGCGGUUGCGCAUCUCGGGAUCAAAAACGCCGUCCCCAAAACGAUUAUGCAGCUCAUGAGCGUCGAUGGGUUAACCAGAGAGAACGUCGCGAGCCAUUUGCAAAAAUACCGACUUUACCUCAAGAGAAUGCAAGGGUUGUCUUCCGGCGGCGGAGCUGGAUCAGAUCCGGCGACGGAUCGUCUUUUCGCAAGCUCUCCGGUGCCAGCUCAUUUCCUUCACCCGAAUCGAGUUCCGAGCUCAGAUCACUUCAUGCCGUCUUUUGUCCCAAUCGCGACUCUUCAACAGCAGCAGCAAAUGGCCGCAGCCGCAGCCGCCGCCGCAGCUGCAGCCGCGAAUCCUCAUCUGCAACCGCCUCAAUUUCACCACCGUCAAAUCGCCGCCGCACAUUUCGGCUCUCCGACAAACGGUCAAUUCAAUUCACCGACGAGUAAUGGUCAGUUCAAUUCACCGACGACGACGAAUGGGAAAUUCGAUCCGUCGUUCUUGGCGAGGCAAACGCAACCACUUCACAGAAUGUCUACACCAUCGUUGCAUAGUCCGGUCGGUAAUUACUCUGAGGAUUUGGAAUCUGCAAAUGCCAAUGGAGGAAGAACAGUCUUGACUUUAUUCCCAACUCGAGACGAUUAAAUGUGUGAAAUUGAAUCUUUCCGUCUUCAAGAACAUUAACACAAGCUCUCUUCUCAGUCUUAUCAGUUUGCGUCGCUGUGUGAUCACAUGUUAUGUGUCUGAAUUGCCUGUUUCAGGUCACAACUCGUUAACCCUUGUAGCUUCUACUUUAUGAUUCAUGUAAAGAUGAGUUCUUGUACAUUCGUACGGACAUGUACACUCAAGGUUGGAAAAAGAAUCGAUCUUGAUUAGAUAAUUUA